AUGAUAUUAGAGAAAAACAAUUAAAAAAUAUAUUUAAAACCAUUUUCUGUUGUCAUUCUCAAAAAUGUUUAAAGUGAAUUAAUUAAGUAGAGCAUUUUCAAUUAUCAUUGUUAUAUUUUUAAGAAUUCAACAUCUAGCUUAUAGGAAUUAUAAAUGUUUGAUUAAUUUAAAACAUAAAUAGUUAUGUGUCUAUCUUGUAUCUUUCUUUAUAUUUAUUAUUAUCUCUUUGAAUCAUUUUGGUUUCUGAUAAAAAUCAUUAUAAAUAUCAUGCAGUAUUUAUUUAUUAGGGUUACUGUAAUUGAUUAUUGUAUUUUUUAAUAUAUUAAAAGAUGAACCAUAGAUAACAUCAAUCUCAAUAGCAAAUACAUACAACAACCAAAAAAUCUCAUUUUUAUAUUCAAUCGUAUUGCUUAUUAUCAUCUAUUUUAGACAUAAAAGUGAUCCAAAUAUUUAACAUGAACGAGAUAAAAUGUUUUCAAAUAUAAAAUCAAUCAUUCAAAAGAACGAAACUAUUCUCUCUUCAAGAUUAGAGACUACUCCAAUUAUAAGAAAAAAAAAUGAAACUUCAAAAACUAGUUGCACUUGCAAUAUAUAAUGA